UUGUCAUUGCUCUGACUCUCCACUUUCCAACUGAACCAGUCAGAGGAGGCUGGGUAUCUGCAGGACUUAGUCUAAGACCACAGACAACCCCAAUCCAUGAGAAAAGACAGAAAUAAAACAAAAAAAGAAGGGAAAACCCUAACGUUUUCCUGGCAAAGCAUUCAUCCUUUGGAUUGCUGACUGGUCACAGAGUGGGAUGAGGAAUAUGAAGGGUUUGGAAGAUUUCUCCAGUUGAUUGUCAAAGGAGAUCUGUCUGAGGGGAGGAAGAAAGCAGGAGGGUGACCGGGCAUCUCAGUGAACCAUAGGAUGAGGUUGCUUCUCCCCUGGCUCUUCAUUAUUCUAUGGCUAGAAAACUCCCAAGCUCAACUUGAAGAUGAAGGAAACUUCUACUCUGAAAAUGUCAGUCGGAUUCUUGACAACUUACUGGAAGGCUAUGACAACCGUCUACGGCCGGGAUUUGGAGGUGCUGUAACAGAAGUCAAAACAGACAUCUAUGUAACCAGCUUUGGACCUGUGUCAGAUGUGGAGAUGGAGUAUACAAUGGAUGUUUUCUUCCGCCAGACUUGGACUGACGAGAGGCUGAAGUUUAAAGGCCCUGCUGAGAUUCUGAGCUUAAAUAACUUGAUGGUCAGUAAGAUCUGGACUCCUGACACUUUUUUCCGGAAUGGGAAAAAGUCAAUUGCUCACAACAUGACCACCCCCAACAAGCUCUUCCGAUUAAUGCAGAAUGGAACAAUCCUCUAUACCAUGAGGCUCACCAUCAACGCCGAUUGCCCCAUGAGAUUGGUUAACUUCCCUAUGGAUGGACAUGCUUGUCCACUCAAGUUUGGGAGCUAUGCUUAUCCUAAAAGUGAAAUCAUAUAUACAUGGAAAAAAGGACCACUUUACUCAGUAGAAGUCCCAGAAGAAUCUUCUAGCCUCCUCCAGUAUGAUUUGAUUGGGCAAACAGUCUCUAGUGAGACAAUUAAAUCUAACACUGGUGAAUAUGUAAUAAUGACAGUCUAUUUCCACUUACAAAGGAAGAUGGGCUAUUUCAUGAUCCAGAUCUACACUCCAUGCAUCAUGACAGUCAUUCUUUCUCAAGUGUCUUUUUGGAUUAAUAAGGAGUCUGUCCCAGCAAGAACCGUCUUCGGAAUCACCACUGUUUUAACCAUGACCACCUUAAGUAUCAGUGCCCGCCACUCUCUACCCAAAGUGUCCUAUGCAACCGCCAUGGAUUGGUUCAUAGCUGUAUGCUUUGCUUUUGUCUUUUCUGCCCUCAUUGAAUUCGCAGCUGUCAACUACUUCACCAAUCUCCAGUCACAGAAGGCUGAAAGGCAGACAAAGACUGCAGCCACGCCCCCUGUGGCAAAGUCAAAAGCCACUGAAUCACCAGAAGCAGAGAUUGUUGUGCAUUCUGACUCCAAGUACCAUCUGAAGAAGAGAAUCAGCUCUCUGACUUUGCCCAUCGUUCCAUCUUCUGAGGCCAACAAAGUCCUCAGUAGAACGCCCAUCUUGCAAUCAACGCCUGUCUCUCCCCCAUUGCUCUUAACAGCCAUUGGGGGCACCAGCAAAAUAGAUCAGUAUUCUCGAAUUCUCUUCCCAGUAGCAUUUGCAGGAUUCAACCUUGUGUACUGGGUGGUUUACCUUUCCAAAGAUACAAUGGAAGUGAGCAGUACUGUCGAGUAGUUUGCAACCAGAAAAAUCUGUAGUUUGUCAUUUUCCAUUUUCCUCGCUGACAGAACACAAAUUAUUGAGGUUAGUAGACAUAAUCUCAUUUCAGAUAUGACUUGAAAAUUGAAUGUCUGUAUUUCUUAAAAUGGAAUGGGUAUGUAUGGGCUAAAAACAAUAAUGUUACUCUUCAAAAUUAAAUUUAGAAAGCUACUGAAAAUACAAAUUUUCUGUAAAUAAUAAUAAUAAUAAUAUGAAUAAGGUAGAUUCAAAAUGAGUUUGACAACCUUUGUCUUCAUAUUUAAUAUUUUUAAUUGUCACUGUGAAUAACAUUUUUCACAUAGCAGAUAAACUCAGACAUAUUGACCCUUCUAAAGCUUGCCUUAAAUUUAUUUAUUUUUGUCUUAGUUUCUACUCUAAAUAUUUAUUGGUAUGUUUAUACAGCAUGCUGGUGGCCUUUAUGAUUUUACAAGAACUUUCAGUGGCAUUGGACUGCUUAUAUUGAGUUUAGACAUUUCUUUUUAACCUUGCUAUGUUCUUUUACCUCAAUAAAAUGUGGUAUUAUAUAAACAUAAAUAAUACAUAGUUUAUAAAUUAUGUAUGCAUAUGUACAUAGCUUUAGUUAUGCUGCAAUACUGUUGCUAUUUCCCACUAAAUUCACAUUUAAAAAGAAGAUGCUUGCUAACACCAGGAGGUUCUAGGAAGGUCACUCAGUAUACUAUGACCGUAUAUUCUGGUUAUGGCUACUAUCAUAUGUUACACUUUCCUAAAUAUAAUUCUAAAUAAAACCACAACAGGCUUGCA